AUGGAGUUUGUGACUGUCCUGUCAGACCUGCAAGCGGAAGCUAGCUGUCCCAUCUGUCUGGACUACUUGAAAGACCCAGUAACCAUCAUCUGCGGUCAUAACUUCUGUCGCUCCUGUAUCAGUAUGUCUUGGAAGGAUCUAGAUAACAGUUUCCCCUGCCCUUCUUGCCACUUUUGCUGUCCUGAAAGGGAAUUCAUAAGCAAUCAACAGCUGGGUAAUUUGACUGAGAUGGCAAAGCUAAUCCAGGUAAGAGGAACCAAGAGGAAGCGGCAGGAAGAUACGCCUGUAUGUGAGAAGCACGGUCAGGUUCUGACCUUAUUCUGUGAAAAAGACCAAGACAUUUUAUGUCUGCAGUGCAGUUCCUCUGCUGAUCACGAGCAUCACCGUGUUUGGCCCAUAGAGAAGGCUGCACCCUUUCACAGGAAAAAUUUGGAGUGUUACAUUGCAGCAUGGGAGGAGAGUGUGCAACUAUUUGGAAAAGUGUUAACGAUGCAAACCAGAAAAUCCCUGGAAUUGGAAAAAAAGGUGUGA